AUGACAGAGGCGGAUCCGAAAAGAAUUCAUACUUUGCUUCGUGAAUUACAGAAUUUAAUUAAAAAUGCACAGGAACAAUGGGGCAUCACAUUAACGGGACAGGGAACCAUUAACGACAGACUUAAAGCAUUUGCCCCAAUUGCUAAUGCUGUUCAUCCACUUGGACCUGUUAAUAUAGUUGGAUUAUCUACAGAAUUCUCGCAGAAGAUUGCUUCGAUACGCUCGACAAUAUCUAAUUUUCGAAAUACAACGAUACAAGAUAUAUCACAACUCAAUUUGAUUGGAUCUGAUUCGUUAUUAAAAAAAUAUCAAUUUACUUUAAAGGAAGAAUCAAAUAAUCUCAAUACGGUUUCAGAAGUUCGAGAAUAUAUCAAGAUCUGCAAAGAGUUAGCUUUAGACAUAUGUCAAGAUAGUCAGGACACGUUUAAAUUCGUAAUUCAAGAGACAAGUACUUUUUGUAAACAACUCGGACUUAAAGUGUGGGACGCAGAACGAAGUCAUGGUUCCACUCUUACAUUAUCGAUAAGUGGAUCUAUUUUCGUAAUGGAUUCAAUAUAUGAGAAAGAAUUUUCUGCUUUGGCUGGAGAUAUCCAAAAAAUAUUAACUGAUGGGCACGGAAUUCCAUUGUUUCACGUGGAACGAGUUGGUCCUUCAAUUGCUUAUUGGGCACCUAAGUACCGCAUUCGUGAAACAGAUUGGAAUAAUGUUAAGGAUAUUAUUGUGAAAGGUGAUAGCUGUGAGAGUCUCAGUUCAUUCUAUCAAUUAUGGGUUAUGAUGGAAGAGUCACGAUCAAGAAAUACUUUUUUACCCAUCGAAAGAAAUCAUUAUUUAAUCGAAGAAAACGAUAACGAAUUUGAGUUGUUACAAAGUUAUGACUUUAUGCCCCAAGAUCUUACGUUUCCACUACUUCCAACACCACUGAAGUUCUUGCAGCAGCCAAAGGAUGGUUCACAAACGUCCGCAAAUAUACAAUUUGUUUUAUGGCUUUUUCCACCAGUAUACGUUACAGACACAGUAGCCAAAGAAAUUGAAGAUUUGGCAGGAUUUUUUGGGAGCAGGAUCAUGACAGAUGAUCCUAAAAGUUUGUCUCUGGAACAACUUUUGAUAUCAGAUAUAGUUCCGCCGGCUAAGAUGACUCGCGGAUCAGCUAUGGAUAUUAGUUGGGAAAAAAAAUUUGAAGAUUCUCCCUAUAUUCAAAUGUAUACUCUAGACAUGAAACACACAAAUGCUAAAAAAAUCGAGCGUAUUCCUUUCAUUUACCCUAUUCAAAUUUUUAGUUAUAUUGAGAUAUUACGCCAACAACUUGUUUAUAAUGCUCUGUUUCAAAGCUGUUUUAAUUCUUCUACUUAUUGUCCACAACAAACUUCUUCAAAAUCAUCUGCCACCACUUUCGAAGUUAAUUCUAAUACAACAAAAGUCAAAGUUAAGGUUCAAGCAACAAAUCCACCUCUUUUAUUAUCUGUAUCUUUUCAAUUACCAGAUACUAUGACAGACGUCUUACUGCAAAUUAAUAUUUGGCGAGAUUGUCAACUUUAUGUUAUUUCCCAAAAUCAACUUUGGGAAGAUAAGGGCAAUACUGAUACAGUUUUAACUCAGACGUUACAACUAUGUCACGAUGUGCCGGUUUUAGUGAAAUGGAUACUUAAUUCAUCAGUUAAUAAUUUUAAAUCGAUUAAAGAGGAAGACUUAAUGGAAAUUUGA